UGAAAACCCUUCUUCUUCUCCAUCUCCACCCACUCACCACCACCGCCAUGAUAACACCACCACCACCACCUUCGCCUUCUUCUCCGCCACCAACCUUCUCAUCGGAAAACGAGUGGGGCCCAUACACAACCACAAGAGACUUCGAUGCAAAAGCCGCCAUCAUCCUCAUAACCCUCAUCGCCGCCGUCAUCACCGCCCUUUUCUUCUUCCAAGCUUUCCUUCGUUUCCUCCUCCGCCGCCUUCGCCAUCAAAUUAAACCAAUCAAAUCUCUCCCCGUUGAUCCCCCACCUGCUCUCCUCUUCUCUCCUUCCACCAAGAUGGCCGGCGCUAGCUCCGAUUGCGCCAUUUGCCUCUCCGACUUCGCCGCCGGCGAUCGCGUCCGUGUUCUCCCUUCUUGCGGCCAUGGCUUCCACGUUAAGUGCAUUGAUGCUUGGCUCGCUUCCAAGCCUUCCUGCCCUACUUGCCGCGCCGCUUUCGGCGGUGGCUCCAGUGCCGGCGCCGGCGCCGGCCAGCCGGAGCCGUGAGGAGGGUUUAGGGUUUGGAUGGGCGUUGAUGCU